AUGGAUCUGAGACCAGAGCUCUCCGCCGCGCCGUCAGGAUCCCAGGUCCACCCUGGAGUCGGAGCGUCUGUCAACAUCCCCGUCUCCAUGGCCAGUAGCUUCCUGAGGGGUCCAAUGCUAUAUCGCGCAACGGAGAAGUAUCCUCGCACCCCGAAGUGUGCCCGCUGCAGGAAUCAUGGCGUGGUAUCUGCGCUAAAGGGCCAUAAACGCUAUUGCCGCUGGAAGGACUGUAUGUGCGCCAAAUGCACCCUAAUCGCUGAGAGACAGCGCGUAAUGGCUGCACAAGUGGCUCUCCGUCGACAACAAGCUCAGGAGGAGAACGAAGCCCGGGAGCUGCAGCUCCUGUACGGGACAGCAGAAGGGUUAGCUCUGGCGGCCGCCAACGGCAUCAUACCACCUCGUCAGAAUUAUGAGGUCUUCGGUUCUGUCAACAACGAAAGUAACUCCGGUAACAUGCAGAAGUUUGAAUUGUUUCCGAAGUCCCAAAUGUCGGUAUCAGUGACCCAGCAGCAGACGGUGGGCAAAUCGGUUUCCACUGACAGCGAACCAGGGAUCUCAUCCCCAGACGGGCGUCAUGGCUCGGGCUCCGAGAAUGGAGACGGAGAGUCGUUCAUUAGCUCUCCUGUCUCCAAGGCACUGAAAGACGGAGAAGACACCCCGGGUUCGAUUAGCCCCUUAGGAUCUGACUCGGGUUCGGAGACCGACAAAGAUGAUCAAGAACCAUCGCCCUCCUCGGCCGCCUCCAGGCAAAUGAACCCCAUCGACAUAUUGACCAGAGUGUUCCCCAGCCACAAGCGAAGUGUUCUCGAACUGGUUCUACAGGGCUGCGGGAAAGACGUGGUGCAGGCCAUCGAGCAAAUUCUCAACAACAGUGGACAAGCCAAGGCCCCGGAGCAGGUGUGGACAGCAGAACGCAUGCUCCAGAGCGCACAGCCGCACCUCUCCUCCACUCCAAGGCCCAUGUUACCGGGAGCAAUGACGCUGAGCAACCGCUCCGCCUUCUCCCCUCUGCAGCCAAAUGCGCCACACUUUGGCGCGGAUCCCAGCACCUACCCCCUGAGCACCCAUCUGGGACUAAACCCCUUGCGGCUGGCCUACUCGGCCCACAGCAGAGGGCUCACCUUCAUGACACCCUACUCCACCACGGGGUUGAUGCCAACUCUGGGCUUCAGGCCACCAAUGGACUACUCAUUCAGUGACCUCAUACGGGACAGGACACUCUUGCACAAAGACCAAGGGUACACCAAUGGCCUGUACGGGCCCCUCGUCAACAACAACCCAGACAAACCGUUAGACUGAGAAUGGGCAAUGUUUCAUUAUCUCAGUCGUGUUGGGACUAGGA